CUUUUACGAGACAACAAAUCGGUACGUUUUUAGAGGAAGCACCCGAUGAAACAUUUUUAAUGAUGAAAGUUGCUCUAAUAUUAGGAGUUGCUGGGGCUUGUCGUCGAGAGGAGUUGACGAAAAUGACGGUGAACGAUAUCCAAGGCGAAGAUACGUUUUUACUCGUAACGAUUCCAGACUCCAAAACGCAUGUUCCAAGAACUUUUUCUGUUACGGAGGGAAAAGAGAAUUGGAUACACUUGUACCAGAAAUAUAAAGCGCUUCGUCCUCAAAAUGCUCAAACUUCGCGACUUUUUUUAAAUUAUAAAAUGGGAAAAUGUACCGUACAACCUGUGGGUAUUAAUACAUUUGGAGCAAUUCCUAAGAAAAUUGCGAGUUACCUGAAAUUGCCAAAUGCUUCUAGUUUUACGGGUCAUUGUUUUCGGCGUACCUCCGCAACGCUACUUGCUAAUGCUGGAGCAGACCUUUUGAGUCUUAAACGUCAUGGGGGCUGGCGGUCGUCGACGGUAGCGGAAGGAUACGUAGAUGGUUCUCUUCAAGGCAAAUUAGAAGUAUGUAACAAAAUAAUUGGUAAUGCUUGUCAAUCAAAUGAUCCUUGCACACCUUCGACAUGUCAACCAGAUGAUCCUUGCAAGUUGCACAUCUUCGACAGCGUCCACAUCUACAUUAAUAACUUCUAAAUGCUCUGUGUCAAAUUCGUUACUUCCAGGUGUUAAUAUAAGUAACUGUUCAUCAUUUACCAUUAAUUUAAAUAUUACUAGCCAGAAGUAGCUGUAAUUGUAAAUUGUGGCAUUAAAAUAAAAAAAAGGUAUCUUUGUUUUUACUUAAGAGUGUGGAAAAUAAGUGUGGAAAAAUUUU